AUGGACAGCACCCCGACAGCCGCACAGCUCAGCGCCGCUCAGCUCUCGCCCGCGGCGCUGGCGCACAACAACGGCGUGCUCUUCCGCAUCCGCGCCAUCCUCCUUCUCCUCUCCGGCUCCCUCUGCGGCAUCCUCGGACUGCGCGCCAUCCCCGGCGGCCUCUUCUUUCUCGCCUCGCUCCUCCUCGUCAACGCGCUGCUGCUGCUCUUCGCCGGCGGGCCACUCAAGGCACCGCGCUACCUGCCCAGCUGGCGCGAGGGCCUGCUGGGCAAAGUGACGUACUUUGCGGAGGGUGCGAGCGAAUUCGCGCCGGGCUAUGUGCUGGCUUGGACGAUGGCGGGGGCAAUUGUACAUGGUGAGUCGCGCCUCGUCCGGCCAGCUGUGGGCAAAGGAGGCGGGCGCAGCUCCUCGCUGUAGACGAAGGGCCGCAAGAGGAUGUGGCGGUCAAGUUCACUCUGGUGGAAGAAAACGGGAACGGGAAAGGAGUGGAGGAUGGGGCAGCUGCCCUCGCCUCCUUCCUUUUCCCAUCCCCCUGCUUCCGGUCUUACGCAUGACAGGGCCUGCCCAUCGCUGCGACUGUGCUCGGCUCGCUCGAAAUGCGGUGUGCUCGAACUCUCGG